GACUACGAGGCAAAGCGGGGGGAGAGAAACAGACACACAUACACACACACACACACACACAUACACACACGGGGCCUAGUCGCCACAUCUUUCAUGCGAGGAAGCUGUGCUGCUAAACCGUCAGUAACCUUUUUGUAUGCAUUAAAAUAUAUCUCAAACACGCAUCUAGUUUGAGGUUGAGAUAGUCUCGGGACACUUUGUACUUCACGGGUGUGUUUCUUAUUCCAAGCUCUCACGUUAGCACUUUGGCUAACUAGCGUGCUAGCUAGGCGAGGUGGCUAACUGUAGAUAGUAACAACCGUUAGCUCUCGAGCACGAGACAGAGCAUGUUUUAAGAGAAUUUAACAGCAUGUACGAGCUCAACGUUAUUAUUUAACUGUUUUUUCCUCUAACAAGCGUAUCUAUAUCGAAGUGGGGGCAUAACGUAAGCUAUGUAGGCUAACGGUACGCUCAGACGUUUGAAGGGAGGGUUAGCACCGUCGGCUAGUUCAUUAGCUAUGUGUUAGCUUCCAAACACGGUGGAUUGUUGCCAUCUGCCAGAGCUCCAUAUUUAACCGGGGUGGGACAUUUUCUUUAUUUUGUUGACUCUAGAGAACAUGUCAGUGAUUUGGCACUAAUAUGCCGAUUACUAUAUAAGAAGAAAGUUAUGUCUCUGUCCUGAUGUGCAUCAGAGAGACAGAGAGAGACAGUCCUGGCAUCAGUCAAGCAGCUGUAUGUUCUUCACGGUCCUGCUGAAACGUUGACUUCUGUCAAAUGUCAAAAAUGCAUAGAAUACGUGCGUAAGUAUUAGGAAAGAUGAGUAAACUCAGAAGUUAACGGACAGUGAGGGGGGUAUGUGUUUUUGUGACAUGUUAACGGUCAAACGGUCUGAGCUGCACCAUCAUAUCUCAUGUAAAGCUCAUGUGUUGGAAUUUCAGACCCGUUUUUGGUUUCCCAAAACAACUCCGGCCCGGGCCUCAGUCCGCGGUCUAGAGUUUGACAACGGGCUGUUUCAGACAGAAGCACGUCGGCGUGUAGCUGCCAACCUACCCCUGUACCCCAGCCACCAUCAUGGGAGACAGCAGAGGUGAGAAAGUAUCAAGGCUGAUUUGAUGAGUUUUAUUUCAACGACGUUUGUUUUAUUCAACUAUUAGUCUUAAAUUUUGCAAUCCAUCAGAGGCCUCUGUGAUUGAAAAUCUUUUGUAGAAGGAUGGCAAGACAGACAGCACAUUUUAGCAAAGAUACAGACCUACAACUCUUAACAAUUACAAACAGACUGUCAUAUCUUGGCUCACGUUGUAGAGUUUAGGACCUGAUACAUAAUGUUCCAAUGCUUACAGUGCAUUUUUACAAAGUUACAAGGACACCAGGUCCUCCAGACCCAAAUUCUCCAGCACUUUGUGCCUGCAGGACUGCAAUUCUGAGUAUGCAUUUCUUUGAACCUUGUGUUGCAACAGUUAGGGUUAGGGUUAUGGUUAGGGAUUAAGACUGGUUACAUUAGAGAUUAAAAAUGUGGUUCUUGGCAAUGUAAUGCACUAGGUGGUGCCGUAGCAAACAACAAGGGUCUCAGAUUUGUUUUCCUGAAUCUGCAGUAUCUAGAUCUGCAGACAGAUGCAACCCUAUGAUCAUGAAGCAUCAUACCAGGGGGAUAGAAAGCAAAAAUUAGUCUUGCCAGCGUGACAUGAAGCAAGUACUGUGGCUUCAAGCUUUUUUUGGAUAAAUGUAAGAGGGUAGUAACCUAAGAAUGUGAUUUUGUCUAUGUAUGGACAGUGCAGACUGAUCAUAAGUUGUACCAGUCUCAGAAAUCUAUUGAGAAUUGUGAGGGGCAGAAAAAGAUUAAGAUCCUCACAUUCAAAAUCCUCAUAUUCUCUGCAUUUUUCCAACUGAUUAGUAUUUGCAUGUCAGUGUGAGCACUGAUCUCCGUGGACCACUGUGAGUGAAUGCUCGGUUGGUUUGUUUCCCGUGUGUUGAGGCAAGAAAAAUAGAUUAGAUCAGUUGACAACCAAGUACAGUACACAGCCUCAAGCGGUUAAAAUGCAGCACACAGCCGACUGCAGCAGAAAGUACCAUCUAAAUUCAAAACACUGCCUAAACAAAAACAAAUAGAUUAACAUCUGAAAUCCUCAAAUCUGAGCCAAUGAGUGUAGUUGAAGGAUUUUUAAGUCAUCUACAUCUUUUACAACAGGGUUCACAGUUAGUUCAAAGCUAUAGUGAGGGGAUUGGAAAGGCUGAAAUCGAUGUAGACCCCUAAAUACCAAGUUUCUCAUGCUCAAGCUAGAACAUACAGAUGGAGAAUAAAGAAGACAGCUGAAUAAUUGUAAAAUGUUUUGGUUAUUAUUGGUUAUUUCACAUAUUAUCGGUUGCAUUUCAGCAGCAAUACGCCAUUAUUUGCUGUCUCAUUUAGAUUCCCGUAGCCCAGACAGUUCGUCUGUGUCCUCCCCUCCAUCGGGCCAACGCUCGCCCCCCCUGGUCCCCUCAGCUGCAGCCUCUAUGACCUCCCUGCCUCCCAUCACAACAGCUGGAGUCAACAGUCCCAUCAGUAGCAUCGGCUCCCCCUUUUCUGUCAUAAGCUCUUCACUGGGCUCACCAUGCUUACCUGGCACACCAUCGGUGGGUUACGGUCCUAUUAGCAGCCCACAGGUAAGGGGGAAAAGUUUGUGUGUCCUGCGUAGGACACACAGUGUGAAUAUGAUUUUUGCUUUGUCGGCAUGAUUUUGGGCUCGAUAGUAAAACCGAUAGAAAAUGACACAAGUUCUAGUGUCUUCUUGUGUGUUUUUAGUGCCAACCUGACCUUUUGUUCAGAAGUAAAUAGACGCUUAAAAAAAUUCACUGGAAAGAAAUACUGUAAUACCUCCCUUUCCUCUGUGGUUCUUUCAGAUCAACUCCACGGUGUCUAUGUCAGGGCUUCAUGCGGUGAGCAGCUCAGAUGAUGUGAAACCUCCCCUGGGUCUAAAGCAGCUAGGAUCCCACAGCCCAGGGCCGAUGCUUUCCCAGAAACGCCUCUGCUCCAUCUGUGGAGAUAGAUCCUCUGGUACAAUACAACUCUUUUUUUACUUUGACUUUGGUAGCCCAAAGAUCCCUAAAACUGUCUCGCUUGUCUUACGUCUUCUGCUCUUUCCCUCCUCAUUCUCACACCUUGUAGGCAAGCACUAUGGUGUCUACAGCUGUGAAGGCUGCAAAGGUUUCUUCAAGCGGACAGUGCGCAAAGACCUGACCUAUACCUGUCGGGACAAUAAAGACUGCAUGGUGGAUAAGCGACAGAGGAACCGCUGCCAGUACUGCCGCUACCAGAAGUGCCUGGCCAUGGGCAUGAAGAGAGAAGGUGAGCACAGAGGAGCAUCUCAGCCAACCCUCUAAAUCACUGCUUAUACCCCCCUCUGCAUAUCAUCCCUAAAAGUAAGAGUGGAUGCACUAACUGGUUUCUCCUCACAUAAAACAAGAAAUGUACUUUAUGUUAUUUGGUCUACAUGAAGUCAGUUUUACUUGUUAAAAAUGACCUGAUAGCUGAAAUAAGCCAUUCAAGAUUAAAAAAUGUGAGCAUUUUGGGGGGAACUAAAUAUUUGGAGGCUUUCAUUCUUUUUACGCUCAUCAGUAAUGACAUGGAUUAAACAUAAAUUUGUUUUUCCAUGCCUGGAAGAAAGUGUCCUCCUUAAACAGUUGCAUGUUUGUUGUGCGAGUUGUGUUGAUUGAAACUACUAAUAAAGUUGUACUACUCAUAUUAAUUAGAAGAUAAUCAAGGGAUGUCAGUUUGGCCUUUGGUUUAAACUCACAAACUCUGUCGACAAAGACUUUAACCUUUGAAGCAAGUGGCCUGGGUUCAGUUCCAACCUGUGGGCCUUUGCUGCAUGCCAUUUCUCAUUCUCUCGCCCAGAUUCUUCCUCCAUCUACUGUCCUGUCCUCUAAAUAAAGGAGCAAAAGCCCCAAAAAUAAAUGUAGAAAAUAAGAAAGACAGUCAGACUUAAAGUGAGAUUUUAAAGCUCGGUAUGUCAUCUGGUGUCUUCUUUCAAAAUAAGUGGUUCAACAAACUCUGAGCUCCUCUGCCUCCGUUAAAGGUGGGGCUGCUGGACCACCAUUCGUUUUUGUGUUAGUUUAAUAUUCCUAAUCAUUUAACGGAACAUAACAAGAGAGUAAAAUUCAGUUUUGAGUGUGAAAAGAGCAUUUUUUAAGGGAUCAAACUGCCACUUAAUACUUACUUGACAAUGUAAAACAUGAUCAAAAUGAAAAAAUGCUGAUGUCUCACCUGAAACUCUGGGUUUACUGAGUUAAACCUGCUCCCGAGCAGGUUAGGUUCACGGAGUCUGUUACUGUGGUAACUGACCGCGAGGUUGAGUUACCUCUCUUUGUGAAACAGGUUAGAGUUACCCCUCUCUCCCUGGUUUAACUAACCCUCCUUUGUGAAACGGAAAACUCAGAGUUUCCCUGAUUUCAGGGUUAACAAACUCUGAGUUUCCAUUAAACCUGCUAUGUGAAACGGACCUCUGGUGUCUUCUUUCAAAAUAAGUUCAAAAAUGGUUGCCAUGUUUUGCCAUACCGUCAACAAACAAUGAUACAGGUAGAUUCUCAAAGUAUUCCCUCACAAAGAUCUCAGAGAUAAAACUACCAAGCAAACAAAGUUUAUGAGGUGAAGUCGAGGCAGAGCCCAAAAGUUCAUCCUGGGUCAAAUAUCAAGGUCUAGGGCACUACUGAGUAAAGGAAGCGAGAGAGCAACAGGUAAACGUGAAGACAGUCUGGAAGAGAAUUGGUCGAAGUUGUACGAUGACAGGAAAGAGUGGCUGGGUGUGAAAUGACAGGAGAGUUAGAUUAUUGUAAAAAGCACAAAACAGAGUAUAUAAAUGAUUGAAGAAAGGACAUAAUACAUCAAAACCACAACAAAUACUUAACAAGACAACUUCUCUUUUAUUAACUGCCCACAGUGUUGUAACAUCCAGUCAAUUGCACCUUGAAAAUAUCGACUACCUCCUUCAGUAUAUCACAAUAGCUAGUUGCUUGUCUUCAGGCGGCCAUAAAAAAAAGAUGUCAUGUCUAGCACCCUAAGAGUCCUACCACAGCCACCACCUCCAAAAAACUUCUAGCUGUGAGAGACAUACGCAAACAGACAACUUCGGAAAAUUUCAGGCACAGAGCUCCAGAAAUUUUCUUGACGUUUUCAGGAGUGCAUGAGCAGAAGAGGCUUGUACCUCCAUAACUAAAGUCACUUAACAUGCUAACUUUUUCCAUAACCUCACGUCUCAAAUGCAUCAGCAGGUUUCUGUAUUUAGUUUUCACAUUUGUAUGAAGAAGAUGAUGAACAAGAAUGAAUGAGAGCAGAGUGAUAGAGAGGGAAUUGGGGGUGGGUAAGCCUUUUAAACACUAACCCCCUUUCCCCUCUCUGCCUCUUUUUGUUUCCUCUUGGUCUCUCCCCCCCCCCACCCUCCCUCUGUAGUGGUCAAGAUCAACGACAGAUGUAAGGAGAAGAGGGAAGGAGGGGUGUGUGUCAUUGCCUGAAUAAGUAAGCCAGGAGCAGAGAGAUAUUGCAUUGCAUUUCUAUGGGAAGGAGCUAGCUGGGAGAGUUUUUCCACAGCCUGUUGCCAGUACUGAGUGAAUUAGUGCCAAACUUGAAUCACCUCCCAAAGUUUUCUGACCUCUAUUGAUUAAGAGAAGUUUGUUGAGUGUUUACUCUCCUCCACUCAGUUAUAUUAUAUUUUCCAGUCUUACCUGGGUGCUGUGGAAACAACCAACAAUAACCCACAGUCCAGUUCCGCUUCUGCUUUGGGAACAGUCGUCAGCAUACAUAAGGAUCCUUUAAUGCUCACUGAACAAACUAGUUUUAACAGCUUUUUAUCACAAACCAUGUUGCAAGACUUGAGACCACUGCUGUGCUUUUUUAUGUCCUAAAUUAAGUACAAACACAUUGACCAGAUUGGUGGUUUUGAGCAGAUUAAAGUCAAGAUUUUUCUAAAUGUCUGUUUUGUUUGAGUGUGAGUCAACACUGCAGUAAGAAAAAAACAUAGGCGGCUUCUUUAAUAUCUCCACAGAGUUUUUAGUUCUCAAUAUUCAAUAUAUCAAUUACAAAUAACUUGUUUCCCCUGUGGAAAAUGGCCUUAAUUUGAGACAUGCUGUUACAGCGCCUUCCAAAACAACUGGGCACAGAAGUCUAAGUUCUCCUCUGGCUAUGACGGAUUACCUUUAAUUCAAUAACUGUUACAGCCUGUGUGUAAACAGUUUCAAUAUAACAGAAAAAAACAAGCAGAAAAGGGGUUGAUGAUUUGAAUAAAGUACAGUUUUUACUCUUAGACGGGUAAUUAAAGUAAAAAUGAGGCUCUAGAUCGCCACUUUGUUUUCUCCAGCCAGAGAAAAAUGUAAGAGAGUUCUGAUCUUUUAUGUGACUGAGGAAUACACAUCAACAUGGCAGGUGAUUCAACACCUGCUUCACAGGACACUAUACUAUCAAACAUGUUUAUAAUAACUACACAGUCUUGAUUUUUACAUUAGCAUAAAAAAUCAGAAGAGACUUACUUUGUCGGGUUUUCUGACUGUGAGGUGAAAAGUGAAAAAGCACAACUAUUGUUAUCUUCUCUUGUUGGUCUGAAUUUGAAGAACAUCUCCAGCAUAUCUUCAUCUGUUUUUUUCUUCAUCACCAUUUAGCCCCUUUUUCAUUUGACCUUCCUUGUUCAUUUUUUUAUGUAUCCCUGCUCUAACAUCUACGUCCUUAACCCUCUGUCAUUUCUCAUUGUCACUUUUUAUCUGCUCUUUAUCUUCCCUGUAUUUGUUGAUCUUUAAUCCGGUCCUUCAAGGUUCUCCAUUUCCAUUUGUUUUCAUCUUUCCUUCAAUGUCUAACACCGACCUUCUUUUGUUCGUCCUGUCCACUUACAUUUGUCCUUCAUGCUUUCCCUGAUCUUAAUCCCCUUCCCCUCCUUUUCUUGUAUUUAUUAGUUUUUAUGUCUUGCCUUUGUCACCUCUGUCCUGCAGCUGUCCAAGAAGAGAGGCAGCGGAACAAGGAAAGAGAGGGCGAGGUGGAGUCAACCAGCGCGGUGAACGAGGAGAUGCCAGUGGAGAAGAUUUUAGAGGCAGAGAUGGCUGUGGAGCAGAAGACGGAGCUUCAUGCUGAUGGAAGUUCAGGCGGCAGCUCUGUGAGUAGUUUGUUUGGUAGAAAUGAACCAUAGAUUGUUUUAUGUUGAGGUCUGACUACAUGUUAGAAGCAUGUUUAAGGGUGUCGAGACCAUCAGCCUUGAAAAUCAGUCAUUUGAUUCUGUGUAGUUUGACGCCCCACAACCUCCCGGCAGGAAGUCUUAUCACGUUUCAUUUUUCUAUUUAUUAUUAAUAACUGAUAAUCUUCUAAACCUGUUCUUUUCCAGCCCAAUGACCCCGUCACCAACAUUUGUCAGGCAGCAGACAAGCAGCUCUUCACGCUGGUGGAGUGGGCCAAGAGGAUCCCUCACUUCUCAGAGCUGCCCCUGGAUGACCAGGUCAUCCUGCUACGUGCAGGUGAGCUCUGUUGGACUUAUGGAGGUGCAGUGUAUCACAGAUGACAGUAAAAGCAGGCAGUAUCAUCACAGUAAAAGUGAUGUUAAACAACAAAGAAAUCCUUUCUUACAGUUGACUUUAUUAACCACCAUUUCUGUAGUGUACCUCUCCUAACUAGUUAGGAGAGGUAGUAACCGUCUAUCUUAUUAUCCAAGACUGUAUUUGCUUACCUACAUCAUAGAGACACAUUACUGUCCAAAACUCCUCACAGGAGCUUUAAAGAUUCCUGAGGACAAUGAUUCCAGGCCUGCUGAGACUGAAGGAAUUAAUCAAAAACAGAAAACAUCCACUGCCCUCUAAAGCUAUAAAAUGAGAAAUGUGUGUGAGUUUAAGACUGUAUGUUUGUUCCAGACUCAAAAUAAUAAAAGUUGGUCGUAAGAGAAAACUUAUGACAUAAGGACCAGAAACGACCCCUCACAUCAACUACAGGAGAAUAGAAAAUGCUCAAUGCUUGAAGAUUUAGCUGUUUUGAUUCACCAGAAAUACUGAGACACCAACUCUUCAACAGGCUGGAAUGAGCUCCUGAUUGCAUCGUUUUCUCACCGCUCCAUCUCGGUGAAGGACGGGAUUUUACUGGCCACCGGCCUGCAUGUCCACAGGAACAGUGCUCACAGUGCAGGUGUAGGAGCCAUCUUCGACAGGUAAUAUAUCAAUUUGUGAAACUGUCCCCAUGAUAAACACACAACAUUUGAGCCCAAACCCUGGAGGACCUGCCGUGUUAAAAAAUGCUCAAUUACGGUCCAACAGCAUAAGGCGCUGUAAGUGCUCUUUCAGAGGACUUUGCACACCACUUUGAAGUCUGAAAUGUGUAGGCUGCCAGCUUUUAAUAUAUCUGCAUCUGCAGUAUUAGGACCACCUACUCUUAGCUUUAAAUAUAUCAACCCUCAAAAAGCCAGGCUGAAAUCCAAUUACCUUUGAAGCGCCCGUUUGAUUCACCUCAGUCUAGAAAAGAAAGCUGAUGAAAGAAAGAAAGAAAGAACUCUCGUCUUUAUUCAUCCACGUGGAUUUCUUCACCUCUGAUGUUUUCAGUCAGUUUCCCUUGCAAUCAUAACACCCAUUAUUCAGCUUUAGCUGUAUCAGUGAUUUGGUGAAAUGUAGGACUGCAUCUUCAUCUUUUUAUCUGGCUGCAGCUGCUGUGUUCUGUGUUGGCUGUGAUUGUCUCAGAGACGUUGCUUCUGUAGCACUGCCUGUAGGGUGACAGCGCAUGCUGCAGAGGCUGGUGACUAAUGCUUACCCGUAGACAUGCAUGUUUGCACAAAUACACACACACCCAGUGGCAAAACACAUAUUGCAGCAUUUGGUAAUGCAAUAAUGGCUGGCUGAUGUGCAAUACUAACCUCCAAACACGUUAUAAGAACGUCCCUUAUGGUACUUAAAGUCUGUUCAUAUAGUAGGUAGUUACAUCCCAUUAUUGUGCAGAACACUGUAGAGGCCAUUCAUGUACAUGUUGAAGUUAUGUGGGAUUUUUUCUCUGUUCUCAGAGUAAAUGAUGGGUGACCUUGUCUUGAGAUGAAUAUUUAUGACUAUUAGAUAAUACCAGUGUACACACAGACAUUUUUUAUGAUUAUAAGAUUCAAACAUGUCAUCUGUAAGUCACAAAACUGUAUAAGACGCAUGAUGCUCACAUGAAAUGAAAACUGGGACCACAGGUUCUCUAUUAGUUUAGAGUCCUGUUCAGUUUCAUCUAUUUCUUGUUAUCUUAGAAUACUCAACCCACCUUUACUUAAAACCAAAAUAACAUACAACACUUAACGGCCUCUACAGCUCUCUGUGUUAUUGCAUUAACCAUCAACUAUUGAUUCAAAAAGGAAAAGAAACAAUAAUGAGAGGAAUAAAAGACCAGUGACAGGUAUUAAAGACAGCUGCUGUUUGUCUCCUGGUAGCCCAGACUAAAACUACAGAAGACAUUGGACUACAUGUUAGCUUGUAGCUAAGUGCUGAAGCCUGUUGGUUUCCCCAUUAGAGUAAAUUUACAGUGCUAAUGGCCCAUCAGUGUCUUUAUGUGAACCGUGUGUGCAUAUGUUGCUGCACUGCAGUAACUGAAGCAUGAGUGACAGAUGAGUGAGAUUUAUUGGCUUCUUGUAACUGGUAGUAACAUUUCAGUCCACAUGGAUGCAGGCACACAAUAACUAUUCAGGUGUUAAAGGUGAUGGAUGUAGCAUGAAGUGAAAGGUCCUCAAGUAUCAAUCAGGCUUUGUAUGUUGUUGGUUCAUGCAAUAAUGGGAUGUUAUUGUGUAAUGCAGAUCAUUCACAUCAGUGAGUUAUUUUAAAUUUCACCGCUUUGAGCUGCUCCUGUUUUAUCACCUCAAAAAACUCCUAUUCUCAAAAUAAUGUAAAACCCCAACAUCUUCACAAUGUGUCAAUUCACUGUUAAUUACACAGCAAUUACAUUGUUAUAAAGGGUUAAUUUUGCUUCUAAAUCUAUUCGAGUGAAAGCUAACUGGGCUCAUUGCAAAUGGCUCAAUGAUUUGUUUCUGAUACUCUUCAAUUCCCCCCCGUGGCACUGCUCUCUUCUAGCAGCAGGCUUUUGUUCCAGCUUUGCAUCUGUUUGAAGCAACUGAGUCAUAAUUUAUCAAGGAGGGUGUACUAAUGAAAAUGCCAUUUCUGCAAUACGUACUGUAGGUUGAGGUGAGCUUUUUAAUAGAUUGGCCCUGAAGUGCAAAAUGCUACAACGCUCAAGAAAAAUGUUUCUCAAGGCAACCGGUGCAUAACUUUUACGAGGACAAAAAAUCAACAAAAGAGAAAAUUCAGAAAAUUUUUAAAAAAUUCAAACUGUAAAGGACGGGUGCUCACUUUUCUGUCAUUCUUAUCAAAGAAAUGUACUGCAAGUGAAAAGCACUCCUUUAUUUUAUUCAAAUUUGGAGUAACAAGGUAGCCAUCAAGAAGAAUUUAUUAGCAGCGCUCAAACCUCUAUUUUCUAUCGCUUUUUGUUUUCUGAAAUGAUGUGUUGCUAAUUUCUAAGGUUUUUUAUUCUAUAUUUCGGUGCAUUUGUUUUCUCAAACGUUGUAUUUUGCACUUUUUCAGCUCCAAAUUGAAGUAAACUUUUAGUCCAGAUCUGAAAGAUGUGGGCUUGUUGAAUAAAAACAAGUUUUAAAUGGCCCAAAAGCUAGAGUUUCACAGUGUGAAAUCAUAUGAAUGCAUCGAGUGUCUGUCAGCUGAAGAAUUGACCAAACAGACACAAUUGUGUAAUAACAGUGUAACUGUGUAAUGGCAUUGUAAUAACACAUUGUGAUUGAAUACACAGGGCGCACAAUGCCGAGGUUGGGGCCAUAUUUGACAGGUAACUACUCCACUACACAAACACUUGUUUUUUCUCAAACCCCUCCUCUUGAAUCAACAUUUACACAAACACAGAGCCGAAGCUUUAAGGUCACUGCUUUCUGGAUUUUUCACAGCUUUGCAGAAACCAUCAGUUUUAGAUGAAUGAAAUAAUGUCAAACAAAUCUACUGAGAACGAUUUACCCAGACCAUAAAUGACAAAGACCACCACUGCAUUUUGACUGGACUCAGUACCGUUAUUCUUGAUUGCAGCUUUGACUUUUAGGAGCCUUGUUCAAUUGCCUGCAGAACACUUUUCAUCUUUUGCCCAUUGACGAUACCCCCUCUUACCGAACCAGUGCUUGGGUUGGCUUAUGUGACACCGGCUCACCAAGGGAACUUAUGGUGUGACAUGGUCGUAUAUGACAGUGUAUUGCAGUGAACCAUCAUACACAGUCAUCUUAGUGUGUUCACAGAUUUCCUGAUCUUCUUUUGAGCUUUAUGGAGUGGUUUCAUCCCUUUUUUCAUUAAAAUAAUCAUAAAUCACUCAAUGUUCACUUUAAAAAGGCUCAGAUUUUCUUCCUCUUAUUGACUCAAACAUUCACUGUGUCUUGAUUGAAGCCCUGUCCAAACUAUUCCACAAAGGGCCGGUGUGGCUGCAGGUUUUUUUUUCCAACCAAUCAAGAGCACGCAGUCUGACCAAUCAGCUAGUGCAAUCUGACAUUUUAAGUUUUCAAAUCUGGCAAAUCUUUUCAUUCUUAUGUUUCAAAAGUUUUAAAAAUGGUGGAAAUUUUCAAGAGUAUGAUCAGUCUGUCUCUGUAGUCCAUCGUCUUCUUAUAUCUUAGGUGAAACAAGAUACAAAAUUGAGGAUGUGUUUUAAUUUUUUUUGCUUAAUGAAGGUUCAAGGUAAUCUUUUUUUUUUUUAUCCUGCAUGUGGGACCAUUUGUUUUGUUGUCAGGAUGAAAGAACGUAUAUCCAUUAGGCCAACAUUAAAUACAACAUGUAAGACACUGAAAUGGAUAAAUGGGGGUCUCAGUCACAACAUGACGUUGAACUGCAGUGCCAGUUUAAUACCAGUUUGAGCUCCAGUGGCUCUUUUAUGGAUCGGAUCACCGGUCAGUCAUGUCGGUUCAUGGGCUGGUAGGUACUGGCCGCUGUAAUGAAGGACACCCCACAAUAGCUGUAGGUUUGAAGAUGCUCUGACUCUAACCAUCAAUAUUAGGCUCUUGUUAGGGUCACGAACUUUACACUGUUUUCCAACACAUCAUCCUAGGCUACAUAGAGGUGAUUAUAAAUAUUUCUCCAUCCUCGGGUUAAUUUAGAAACAGUUAAAAUUGUCCACAUAUGCACGCCAGGUCAGUAGGUAAGUUUAGGUAAUGACAUCAGCGUUCCCCAACAUUUACCGUAUUUUUCGCAUUAUAAGGCGCACUUAAAAUCCUUUUGGCUUGUCGGAGCGCUGCAGCUACCGUAGCCUCACGGAGUUAUUGAAUGAAUUCAAUUAAGUUUGACUUAUCUGAUUGUUUAGUUUGGCUUAAUGCGCUUUAUAAUCCGGUGCGCCUCAUGAAUGAAAAUCGACGCGAGUACACGCGUUCAUUGAUGGUGCGCCUUAUAGUGCGAAAAAUACGAUACUUUUUUACUGUCCACAUAAAUACAAACAAAAUAGAGUCAUUAAAAAUCCUCCAAGGCGUUUUCCAGUGUGCUUGGGGGCGGGGUCUUAGAGGACAAAUGCAUGUCUGUGAUUAUGAUCUUAUGGCUGGUCAGUCUUUGAUGCAGAGCCCUAAAUGUGAGCAGAAUCUAAUCAAGUUUAUUCAUCUUUAAUGAGAGGUGUUUUCUUGAAAAGAUUUGUAUUUUUUAGCUCAAGUCAUUAAAAAUAUGUGCUUAUCUGCAGAGCCUCGACUGCCUGAACUCUGUGAACACUGUGGCAUUAAAGACCGUGUGUAAAUCAAACAGAAACCAGAAUCAACCACAGGCAGGAGUUAACGCCACAUGGUUGCAGCAGAGACAUUUUUAUUAUUAACGUUUGCUUUUUUCUUCUCUGCAGAAGCAGCAGUUCAGCCGUGCUCUAACUUUUAUGGACGAAAAAAAGUCACUGCACUGAAAAGUUACUUUUGUUAACAAUGUGAUCAUGGAGUCUGGCCCCUCUGUCAUUCUUACUCUGUUCCCUCCUCUUCUUCCUCUUGUUUUUAUUGCUUUCCUGCUCUCUCUUUUUUUCCUUAUUCUCUGCCUUGCCUCCUCUCUCUUUCCUACCUGACAUGUUCUCCUCUCUCCGGUUCCUUCCUGCAAAUCUUCCCUUCGUCAUCUCUUCUUCCCUCUCCUCCUGUCCUUCCUGCAGGGUUUUGACAGAACUAGUUAGCAAAAUGAGAGACAUGCAGAUGGACAAGACAGAGCUGGGCUGCCUACGAGCUAUCAUCCUCUUUAACCCAGGUACAUGGAAGGGAGAAGGGGUCAUUAAAACGACAAGAUUAUCUUCAGUGUUCAGAGUUUCUGUUUGUGAUCAGAGAUAUAUAAAUGUUCUGUGUUGUCACUUAAAGAUGCCAAGGGUUUGUCUAACCCCAGUGAGGUGGAGCUCCUGAGAGAAAGGGUGUACGCAUCCCUCGAGUCUUACUGCAAACAGAAGUAUCCGGAUCAGCAGGGCAGGUAGGCUACUGUGCCAAACAGACAAACUAAAAAGUAAGGAGGGAGGUUGUUGACAGUAACUACUGAAAAAUACAUGUUAUGAGCUACUCUGAAACCACAAAGUAUGAAUUUUGGCACCACAAAGACAGUUAACAUGCUUGAAAAUGUGCCUUACUGCACACUACAAAGCAUGUCGUCUGUCUAAUCACACUUCCACAUCUGAAUCCUUUGAUGGAUUUUAGGUCUGUCUUUAUGUGAAUGAAUCAUUGUACUGUGGAGAGAAAUACUCCAGCUGAAUGCACCUUAAAUGCUGUCAGAACUUUUAUCAAUGUCCAACACAAUCUUUAACAUUAUUGCCAUGAAAGGGACAGAAAAAAACAAUACGAAACGAUACAAGAACUUGGUAGCGCUUUCUUUUACGGUACACUUAUUACCAGGUAAUUAACAGGUAAUUACCUAGUAACAACAUGAAAUUAUCUGGUAAUUACAUGAUAACUACUAAGUCAAUACUGUCUAGCUACCAGGAAGGUAACCUUCCAUCAUCAUAUAGAUUUGAAGCCGAAUUGCUCUGAUAUUUCCAGGAUUUUCUCUGCUUCCUGGAACCACCACUUGUGCAGUAGCAUUGUACGCAUUCGGCGGGUGAGUCGCUGUGAUAACGCUCGUCUCAAUCAGCGUUUCGCUACGCAAUCUUCGCACGCCCAUAGGCUGUAUCAAGUGUCAAUCAUAGAAAAUAAGAACCCCAAAUAGCUCUUGAAAAUGGAGCUGCACAGAAAAAAGAAAAACUAGACAGUAUUGACUUAGUAGUUAUCAUGUAAUUACCAGAUAAUUUCAUGUUGUUACUAGGUAAUUACCUGGUAAUAAGUGUACUGUAAAAGAAAGGGUUACCAAGGACUUAAUUUAACCCCUGAAGGGAAAUUUAUUGGAAUUAUUGACCUCCUUUAGAAAAUACUGUGAAAAAGAUGCAGAUUAGACAAAUGACUGACAGAGAUAAUAAGCAUGAGAUAAAAAGCUCCACAGUUACAACAAAUCAGCAGAUGUCUCUGGGUUAUGUUAAUCUCUUGUGAAUAUACCACUUUAUUUCUUUCCUCAAACAUCUUCUGAAUCGUUCAUUGAAUUUUAUAUAAAACAUCGAUGUAUCAUCAUUUCUAACUUUUACUCUCCUCCUCAUUCUCAGAUUUGCAAAGCUCCUCCUCCGGCUCCCAGCACUGCGCUCCAUUGGUCUGAAGUGCCUGGAGCACCUGUUCUUCUUUAAACUUAUUGGUGACACGCCUAUUGACACCUUUCUGAUGGAGAUGCUUGAGGCGCCUCACCAGCUCACCUAGAGGAGCCAGGUUCGGUCCGGUCAGGACCCGGUGCACACAAGGAUUACCAACACGUCACCCCAUGUCGGGUCAUUGGCUCGUCUCUAUGAGCCUCACUUAACUGCAGCACCUGCUGGUUUUAAAAUACCAGCCAUCACAUUUACACACACACACACACACACACACACACACACACACAUCCUCUGUCACUGGCUAAUUAACUUCACACACACAUACACACACACACAUACAGAUCUUAGCUUGCGUUCGUGACUCUAAAUGCAACACAGGUAAUACACAAAUAAAAUGUCUCUUACUGAAAAAUAUGCCAACACACACACACACACACAGAUUUACACACACACACACACAGAGAUGUUCACCACCUUUUCCAUACUCUGUUUCUCAGCACAGGGGUUUUGACUCAUGGAUUUCAUCCCCUUUUUAUCACACUUUUACCGUUCAUGUCUUAACGAUAGCUUUCAGUUUUCACAUCCUCAUCUCUCACAGCGGGUUUUGCUUCUGCGUAACUGAUAAACUUCCCCUGUUUUCACUCGGGUCAUUUGAGUUACACUGCUAGCUGCCCCUCUGUCUAUCACAUUCAUCAGUAGUCUGUUAGUUAUUCAUGUAUGGUUUAAGCUUCAAAUCAGGUGCGCAGCAUUUCAAUCAAAUGUCCUCAUAAAUAAUUCACUUCUUUUAGGGCAGGAGGUGUCCUAUCAGAGACUGGCAGGAACACCUUCCUAGUGAGUUCAUCAAGUCUGGUAAACAUUGAAAUAUUUUUUUGCUUUCUUCAAUAUUCAUGCUGAAACUUGAGUUUCUAUUUUGAAGUACUGUACUCAUGAAAUGAGAGCUUUUUCCAAGGCAUUGAAAUCCAGGAAAAGGGGAGUGGGGGAACUUUGUUGAACAGACAAACCUUGUCCCUCCCACCAUGAUGCGCACAGCGGGCUUUGUAAGGCAAGAAGAAUGACUUGAAUUUAUUUCCUAGUUUUAAUUUUAUCCUUUUCUCUACUUUGGCAGCAGUUUGGCAUUUUAAACAGCUUGAGGCUCGCAGAAAGUACAGCUUCAUGCAAAACAAAAUGGUUUUUGUGAGUCUAUUCCUCCUCCCCCUAAAUAUUCCCUUUGCUGGUGGUCAUUAAUGCACUUUUGUGAGUUGUAACUGUGUAAAUGUUGCUGUUUCCUAGAAAUGACCAUCAAUUCUCAGACACCUAAGAUGACCUAGAGGGUACUAUGUGUAGGAUUUUCUCACUUUAAAUUUACCAUCCGCUUGCAACCAAGUUGAGGAUUUAACACAAACUAUGACGAGAAUGGCUGAAAAUAUUGGCAGGAGGCAGCUAUAUUAGCGUGUCCCAGUGUAACUGAAAGUCUGUCUCUCGAAAAUGUUGCUGUCUUACAGAAAUCUGUUCUGUAUUGCUCUCAAUCAGCCGUGGAGCUGAGAAUAUAUUUUCCCCUUUAGGCAGGAACCGACUGCUCACUCAGACUCUGGCGUCUGAUCACCAAGUUUUCGGCUCGGCCUCUACCCGGAAAAAGAUGCAAGUGUAUUUUGGUGCCAUGCUUAAAACAACACCAGAGAGUGAAAAUCAAAAACCAAAAUGAAAUGAUCUGAUGCCGACAGUUGGGCAACAUUUAAUUUUGCCUGAUAGUUUGUCGUGUUUUAUUUGCAGUAUUUCUGCAGCCUGCAGCUCAUGGAUAAAUUACUGGUAGUUUUGUAGAUCGGCAAAAUAUGAAGCGGUCUUUCAAUCACAAAGCACCUCUCUGUGUCUGUUAUUGUCAUGCAAUAAUGAAAUAAGUCAGUGUUAUGUAACGGAAAUCCUACACCUGCUACCUGCAGAUUUAAAAACUUUGUUCAUUGUGUAUCGGUUAAAUGCUUGCCACUUUUGUACAGUAGAUGUAAAUAAUUAAAAAAAACACACACACAGGAGAAGCAAACGCCUAUUCACACUCAUGUGAAGUGAAAAAUGAAAAACUAACCAAGUUAAAGGCUCUAUUUUAUGCUGUCAAGUUAACAUUAGACCUGCCUCCCGUCUAAAAACAUCACCAUUGAAUUGUCAAAGAGCCCAGGGCCAAACCACACCUCACAGCUGCUUUUGCACCGACUUCCGCCAAUGUUGACGAUUGAUUGGCUGAGUUGAAUUGAAAAUGGCACUUGACAUUUACUGUGAUUGAAAUUUGUCGGCAACUUAAUCAAAGCAUUGCGAUGAAAGGUCAAACGCAGCUACCAGGUCAUCAGGACUUUAACCAUAAACUAUGAAUGCACAUGCUCAAAAAUGAGCAAUACCGGGGUACACACACAGAUUUAUGACAAGUCUUUUGUUACAGAAGUAUUUAAAAGACCAUCGUCGACGUUCUGAAGUCUAUUUAGCAGUCUGACAGUAACCACAUUAUCAAAGUUCGUUUAUUUUGCAGUGUCAUUAUCCAGGGGAAGAGGCACAGCUUUCCUCUACCAGGUGCUAAAUAACUAAUACGGUCUUUUAGUCUAAGACUUGCACAUGUUCAUCAAUGCAAACACAGUAUGCAAGUUCACAGACAAAUCAGUAAGCUAUUCUCACUCUACCAACAGGUCUGCUUAGGUUUUUAUUUUUCCUGAUUUUAUUUUAUUAACCCCCGUUUUUAUUGCAAACCCCAAACAAUGGAAAAUGAACACCAGCUAAGUGCUUGCACAUUUUGGCUGUGGCUGCUAAGUCUUUGUACUCCACCGGGCACAGCCAGUGUCUUUUAUAUUUUUGACAGCAUUUUGGCUGGUGAAGCAAUGAGCGUAGCUGUUGAAUUUUGGGGUCCACCAGCUACUUUGACCAGAAUGAGCAAUGAGCUUCCUGCCUUGCAGAUAGUCCAAAUAAAUCUUCUCAGAGAGGAACCCUUAGCCCCCCCCCCCAUGUGAUGUGGACUUAGGCAGCAAGGUGACCUGUAAGACAGGUGCUUUUGUUUAGCAUGUCAGCAAGUUAGUCUAACCUUAGAGUUUGGUGUUUUAGUUUUUCUCUAUCCAUGCCUACAGCCAAAUCAAAGUCAUCUUCCUGUAAGAAGAAGAGUCAGACCUUCGUGCACCACUGCUCGGUCAUUUUGGUGUUCUUUGGCAAAAAUGGCGACGUGGUGCCAAGCUGAUGUUUUAGGUGACAAGAACCAACAUCUGCCAGCUUUCUUCUAUUGUAUUUGUUGGGUUAUGAUUUCAGUGCUUUAGCAAAUUGAGCUGCUGCAGAUGAGAUACUAGGACUCCGAGCUUUGAGAUUUGAGUGCAAAGGAUUUCGUGUCCAUCGGGCUCUGAGAACAGUAGUCUGGAUUGGAGCUCAGCGUUCCUAACACAGUCAGGCGGCGGGAUGAGGUUUGUGAGUGCAAAUCAAAAUGAGUUUUUCUACCUUGUCCCUCAGAGAAAAGCUGACUUAGACUUGUGUUUGGUGAAUAAUCUCAUUCUCUGUUAGGUUAGGUCUCAGCAGGUGUCUUUUUUGGAGCUUCCUUUUAUUGAAUGUUUUGGCCUGCUGCUACUGCAUCAUCUUUAUAGCUGGGGAUGGGAAUAAUAACACAAUCAGUCAUGCACAGGAACAUCCACGAGUUACUAUGAAAAGUCAUUAUCAAAAAAGUUAAAUAUGCAACUUGUAAACAGUAUUCAUAUUGUGAUUACAUUGUCAAACAAUAGUCAUGCAAUAUGUGCAUUGUGUUACUGGUAGAAGUGUGGUUUAGCCCAGUCUGUUACAAAAGGUGAUAUAUCGAUUGGCUGUAAUAUUAGCUGGAAUUCCCAUCCCUCUGUAUUAAAGCAAUUCAUUUAAGUUUUGCAACGCCAUUUCUGUAGGUUUUGCUAUCAGCUUAGGUCAUUUAGAGGAUGACAUACAGACGCAGUGAGAAAAUAAAAGUAUACAGUCACUGCAAGCUCUGUAUGCUAAACCACUCGAGCUUUGCUGAUCCUUUUAGCGACGGUUUGUGGCACAGUGUUUCAGUUUUUUUUUUAGUAUUUGUUUUUUAGGUAUUUGUGACCACAUGUGUAUGCAUUAAUGCACAAGUGGAGUGUGUCUGCAGCUAUGCCUUUUGACUGGCAGAUACUAAAGCUUUGGCUGUGAUGUGCUGAGCGCUGUUUAAUUGUUGUUUAAGCAAAAUAAUGAAAGGAUGCACAGAGGAAAAAAAGGAGCCAGGCUGGAGGAGUGAUUCGCCGGUUUGUUGACCCAAUGCUUUAUCAACACGACUCAGCCUCCUCGCUUUCUUCACUUUGCCCUGUCUCCACUGCUUUACUGUAAACUGAAACGCUUACACACUCACCCAUGUGGGCUGAAAAUUACCAGGCUUUGCAUUGGAAUGGACUUGUAAAAUAAACCUAUGAUUCUUGGACUGUUUGAAAAGGAUGUGAAGCUUUUCGUGGGACAAGCAUUGGAGAGCUGUAAGGAAGGGAUUCAGUGCCGUGUGUCCCUCUUUGCUUACUUUACUUGACGGCAGAGCAAUGACAAUCUGUGGUCGCCAUGGGAGACCUCCAGAUUGCAUCGCACUGCCCACAAAUGUUUGUCGUUGCAACCGUGUGCACUCAAGGCAGACGCAUGCUGUGACCUUUUGACUGUGUAGCAGUAUUGUUGUCGCCAUCUUUGUUACAUUUUGGAAUAACUCGCUUUUUAAAAACAUAAAGACAUUGAUUAAAAAUGCUUUUUUGAAAUGAAUCACAGGCUGUGACUGAAGAAUUGAUCAUCCUGUAUAGAUGAGAUGUCAGGGUGGCAUUUUUACCUUUUAACACAGGCCCCCUGGAGCCAAGGCCCAUCCCGUCAUGAUCAAUGAGGCAGUGCAUGCUAUGCAGCCUGAAAACACCAACUUCACCAGUUUAUUUAUCACUGCCAAGCUGUUUGCGGAUGUGGCCAUUUAGAUACAGGGAUACAGCGCUUGAUUUUUCAUGUAUGUUGUGGUUGUUGUGCAUCGCACUAGAGAGAGUGCGCUAACCUUUGCCUGUGUAGUGCAUACUAAAGAGGGUCCCUAAUAGGAAUGGGAUGACAGCUCGUGUGAAGAGGGGAGGACUGGUCUUUGGAGAGUGAAGUAGACGAGUGUGUGGUCCCCUCUGGGUGCUCAAGCUGUGCAUUGGUGCUUUUUACAGGGUGCCCCGGCCUCAAAACGUCUACUUUGGUUUCCAAGACACCGGGGAUUGCAGAUAUCAAUAAAUUGCAAGUAAGGAAUGAUUUAGCAGGGUUAGCCUCGCCUAGCUCUACACACGCUCUUCUCCAGUUACAUUUGAUUAGUUUUUUUUUUUUUCUGCAAUUGGGUCAACUGCGAACUGUUUCCGUUCACUGUGUUCAUGUGUGAAUCCCUUUGAAAUCACGAGGGACAAACUCGGGCUCUAAUCCCAGUGCGGGGGCCUCUACAACCCACAGGUCAGGUUUGCAGGAGACACCUUUGAAUGGAAUCUGGUCACAUUGAACGUACUGGAUGGUGUGGAUCCACUAAGUAUGGUUGACCUCGUUGAGUGGGAGGUUGUUUUUAGGGUUUUGCAUUGGACAAAUUGUGAAGGGUAGGUCAGAGAGGAGAGCGGGACCUAAAGAUCAGGUCUCAUUUUGUUGAUCGAGAAUAAAAAAAAAAAACAGAACCUAUUUUACAGUAGAUCUAGAAUCUUCCUUAAUUGUUUACUCUUCACAUAAAAAUUCACACACUGUUUCUUUGUCUUGUUUCCUGUCUUUCUCUUCUCCGAUUAUGCUAUUCAUCUUUUGUUUAUUACAAAGUAUUAAACAAAUACAAGAACUGUAAAAUCAGAAUGGAAUCUGUCACUCUUUUUUAAAAAAUUUCUGUCUUUCUCUCGUGUCUGUUCUUUGUCCUGUUUGUAUCAUAUUCCAUCGUACACGUGGAGCUUGAUUGACUAUUGUGUGCUUCGGGGAUUGAAAGAAGUAAAAAAAAAAAAUAUGAAUAAUUUUUCAGUCAUUAAUUCUGAAUCUUGUUUCUGUUUGUUGUAUCAUGUCUGAGUAAAAGUUUUAAUACUGUAAGUGAAG